AUUAUUUCUCAUCUAUUUGUUGUUAAUUUAUAUUCUCUCGUUCAGAUUUACUUUCCAGCCACUUUAUUGUUUUAUAACACUCUUUCCUGCAACAGCCAAUAAACCAUUCAUCAAACACAACCAUGCAGCUCACCAACUUCGCAACAAUCGUCCUCCUCUUUACCUCCGCUCUAUCCGUCAUUGCUCUCCCACUCCAGUAAGCUUCCUUCUUAUCCGAUUACUGUUCAUAUCGAUUAACAGAAACUAGACCUGGAGGUGCGACACUUGAAGCCCGACUAGUACCGGAAGACAUCGGAUAUGUACGAACGGAGAAACGUCUGCCAGGGAGGCUAAACCAGUGGUGGGAAGGUAAAAAGGCCCAACAUAAUAUGAAACAAUUUCUCAAGGGAUUGGACAAAGAUAAAAAGAAGCAAGACAAAACGUUAAAGAAGGUAGAGAAGGCGAAGAAGAAGUACGCCGAGAAGAAGACUGAUCGUUACCCGGACUCCCCCAUCUAUUAAGAUGCUCCGCAAGAAGCGGGGCAUGCUUUAGAAGAUGAAAGCGGGGUAUACGAGGAGGGAAGCGACUCGCUGCCUGAAUAUGGACGAGAUAAUGUCGAGGACGGCGAUAAUUUGAAGGAGUAAAGCCCCCUUCUGGACCUCUUCGAUCAAGUCGUUAGACUAACGUAAGGGAAUAGCGUAGCAGUUUAAAUAGGGAGCGGGGUAGAGAGAGACGCUACCCGGUGUAUAUUUCUUCAGGAUCU